AUGCUUAUGGCCCGAGACACGGCGCGGGACGAGGCUCAAAAGCUACACAGGAAGUGGCUGAAGCACCAGGCCUUUAUGGCGGAACUGGCCCGCAAUAAGGAAUGGCUUGCCAAGAUCGAGCAGGAGGGUCAGGAGCUGAUUCAGGAGAAGCCGGAGCUCCGUCCAGUUGUUCAGCAGAAGCUGGAGGAGAUCAGAGAGUGCUGGUCCGACCUGGAGAGCACGACCAAGGCCAAGGCCCGCCAACUCUUCGAAAACAACAAGCCCGAGCCGGCGGUGAAGAGCUACUCAGACCUGGACAACCAGCUCUCCCACCUGGAGCAGCAGCCCCCCCAGUUGGAGCAGGUGCACCAUCUGCCCACAUUCAACGAGCAGCUACAGAAAUUCCAGGCUAUGGAGUCUCAGAUUGGGGACUUUUACAAGGAUGUGGGAGAGCUGGGUAGCUUGCAGGGGGUCUGCCUUCCCCAGCGAGGGCUGAUGGCAGGUGACAGGGAAGGCGGCGAGCAGUCGGGCGUGGUGGAGACCCGAAUCGUCCGCCUCAUUGAGCCGCUGAAGGAGAGACGCCGCAUCCUGCUGGCUUCCAAAGAGAUGCAUCAGGUCGCCCAGGACCUGGAGGACGAGAUACUGUGGAUUCAGGAGAGGCUUCCCUUGGCCUCCUGUAAGGAUUAUGGGACUAACCUCCAGAGUGUACAGCAGCAUGUAAAAAAGAACCAGACACUUCAGAGGGAGCUGACAGGACGGCGGGCUCGUGUCGAGGAGGUUCUGGACCGUGCGGGGAUCAUCGCUUCACUGAGGACUCCCGAGGUGGAGUUUGUGCGCGAAGGGGCCGGGCACGUGCGCCAGCUGUGGGAGGUUUUGCAGCUGGAGACGGAGCGGCGCUGCGUGAUGCUGGACGCCACACUGCAGGCUCAGCAGUACUACAGCGAGGCGGCUAAAGUGGAGUCCUGGCUGUCUGGUCAGAAGCUCCAUCUGGUCAACGAAGAGAGAGGCACGGACGAGGCAAGCACCCUGCAGCUGCUGAAGGCCCACCUGGCUCUGGAGCAAACAGUGGAAACAUACGCAGAGACAGUAGGCAUGCUAUCCCAGCAGUGCCAGCGUCUAAUGGAACUCGGACACCCAGAAAGCGUGCAGCUCACCAAGCAGCAGUCGCACAUAGACCGGCUGUAUGUGUCUCUGAAGGACAUGGUGGAGCACAGGAAGACCAAGCUGGAGCAGCAAUACUGGCUCUAUCAGCUCAACAAGGACGUGGAGGAGUUAGAGAAGUGGAUCACUGACCGGGAGACGGUGGCCAGUUCCACUGAGCUGGGCCACGACCUCGAGGACGUCACGGUGCUUCAGGAGAGGUUCACCAAGUUUGCCUCGGAAACCAACAGCGUUGGCCAGCAGCGCAUGGAGCAGGUGAACAAAAUGGUGAACGAGAUGAUUGACUGCGGCCAUUCGGACGCGGCCACCAUUGCCGAGUGGAAGGAUGGUCUGAACGAGUCAUGGGCCGACCUCCUGGAGCUGAUGGAGACCCGCAGGCAGAUGCUGGUGGCGUCGCACCAGCUGCACAAGUUCUUCACUGACUGCAAAGAGGUCUUGGCUCAGAUCGCGGGGAAGAUGAAGCAGCUGCCAGAGGUGAGGGCGUGCCAAGCCAACAUCACCAAUCCGGCCACCCUGCAGAGACUCAUGCACUCCUUCGAGCAUGCCCUUCAAUUGCUCGUCGCACAGGUGAGGCAGCUGCAGGAGAACGCGGCCCAGUUGAGGACCAUCUAUGCUGGUGAGAAGGCCGAGGCCAUCAUGCUCAAAGAGAUGGAGGUGAUGGAAGCCUGGAAGGAGCUGCUGGGCUCUUGCGAGGCCAGUCGCGUCCAGGUCACUUCGGUGACGGACAAGGUGCAGUUCUUCUCAGUGGUGCGUGAAAACCUGAUGUGGAUGGAAGGCAUCAUGGGCCAGAUUGGAUGGGAUGAGCCCAGGGAUUUGACGGCUCUCGGGGUGAUGAUGAAACAACAUCAGGAUCUGAAAGUCAAAGUAGACGGCCGCAGCAAGACCAUACAGCAGUGUGCAGAUCUGGGCAAGAUCCUUAUAGCUGCCGGCAACCCUGCAUCAGAGGAGAUACAAGAGAAGCUGGACAGUCUUCUGGCUAAGCAGAGGGACCUUGUUGAGAAAUGGGACAAACACCAGGAGAAGUUACAGCGCAAGCAGGAAAAGUUCCAGUUUGCCCAGGAGACGGUAAGGGCGGAAGCCUGGCUGAAGGCCAAGGAGCCGCUGAUCACCUCCAGAGAGCCAGAGGGAGGAGGGGCUCGGGCCCAAACAGACGAGGUUGAGCAACUCAUCCUUCGCCACGAGGCCUUCCGCAAGGCUGCUGUAACCUGGAAAGAACGCUUCAGCUCUCUCCGCCAGCUUUCCGCAGCCAGUCUGGAUCUUGGUGCCACCCCUGCAAGCCAGAGAUUGUCCUCAACCCUAGCCAGCUACAAGCCAGUUAUAAAUGGAUCAGGCUACCACGGAAUGGAACAGCAGAGCAGUGGGAAGUUGCACCUGAAAGCUGACUUCAUGCAGCCCAGAAUCAACCACAUCCACAAGGCUGUAAACCCACUCCUUGAGGCCAGCAGAGUGCAGCGGGAACAGUUUGGGGACAUCCCAAUGGCAGACAUGGUGGGGCCAGAGUCAGGGCUGGAGCUCCUCCACGGCCGUCUCCAGAGGGAUCCCCGUGGCAGCCGCUCUGAUCCUCAGAUGGACCAUCUGAGGCGAGAGAGGGAGUGCAAGCUGGGUAGACAGACCUCCAGCGAACAGGAGAUCCAGGCCAGGCUGAACGAGUUGCCACUGAUUGUGCGUCAGGAGCGCUACCGGAGGCGCCUGGAGAGGCAGUCGUCCAGCGAACAGGAGGGGAGCAGCAAGCAGAGGCUACAGAGACAGGACUCGAGUGACCUUGAGGGCUCGGUUAAGGAAGGCUCUGACAAACGCUCAGGGGACAUCAGAUCUACCAUGGCAGAGAUUGUAGAACAGGUCCAGGAGAGAGAGGCAGCACAGGCACGAGGAGAGCCUUAUCGACCAACAAGCAGCCUCUCAGCACCCGUGACUCGUUUUGACGGACGCCCUCGUGCACGAGACCGCCCCAAACCGAGAAGGAGGCCCCGUCCAAAAGAACCUGAGGACACAAGACGUUCUCGCUCAGCUCCAGCUACUGGUGCACCAACGACACCUCAACCGCCUUCACACACUGCCCAAAACGAAGGCUUCCUCUACCGCAAAAAGGCCACCACUUCUGACCUUGAAGCUCAGCAGAGAAGCCCAAACAGCAAGUCCUGGAUGAACGUAUAUUGUGUGCUGAAAGAGGGACAGCUGACCUUCUACAAGGAUGCUAGGCACCUUACCACAACAUACAACGAGGAGUCCCCUGUUGACCUUUGUAACUGCUCGUUUGAUCCUUCAAUGGGAUACAAAAAGAAGAAAAAUGUCUUCAUUCUUCAGAUGAAUGAUGGAAUCAACUUGGCAUUCCAUGCAAAGGAUGAGGAGGACCUGAAGGCCUGGACUUCAAACAUCACCACCUGUAUAGCUGAGCAUGAGUCCAUGGGCAAGUGGGACAAGCCGGGCACCUCGUCCAUGGAUCCCGACAACUCGGAGAGAAAGGAGAAGUCAGAGGGGGACGCGGACGCCAGGUCAGAGAGGUCUGAGCUGGCUGAAGGGGAGGAGCGGUCUGAGAAGGAGAGGUCAGAGAAAGGGGACGGCUCCGAGAAGUUAGACACGUCAGAAAUUGCUGACAAAAUGGAGGGCGGGGCGGGGGGCUCCAGCACAUCUGGGAAGAGCAAAUGA